GACAUUUCUCGCCGCCAUUUUUAAAUCCCAGCAACGAGAGGGAGAAGCAACAGAUCGGUUAGUCUGUCUGUGUCCGGGGUUUUAAACGGUUCUUUUUUUAUUUUUAUUCACAAGCAGAAGGCAACAUGAGGGAGAUCAUCCACGUGCAGAUGGGACAAUGUGGUAAUCAAAUUGGGACAAAGUUCUGGGAGGUAAUCAGCGAUGAGCACGGAAUUCAGCCAGAUGGGCAGUACGCAGGAGAGAACCCAGAGUUGAGAGAUGUACAACUUGAACGGGUAAAUGUGUACUUCGAUGAAGGAACAAAAGGAAAGUAUGUUCCUCGUUCAGUUUUGGUGGACCUUGAACCUGGUACAAUAGAAGCUGCUAAAUCUGGUCCCUAUGGAGCAUUAUACAAACCUGAUAGCUUUGUUUAUGGCCAAGGAGGAGCUGGCAACAACUGGGCCAAAGGACACUACACUGAGGGUGCAGAACUUGUGGAUUCUGUCUUGGAUGUUAUUCGUAAACAAGCUGAAAGUGCGGACUGUCUGCAAGGCUUCCAGCUGGCUCACUCACUUGGUGGAGGUACUGGCUCAGGCCUUGGUACCCUGUUGGUGUCAAAAGUGCAUGAGGAUUAUCCGGAUCGUAUAAUGACGACUAUUUCUGUCAUGCCGUCCCCCAAGGUUUCAGACACUGUUGUAGAACCAUACAAUGCAACGCUUUCUAUUCAUCAACUAUUGGAAAACUCAGAUGAAACUUUCUGUAUAGAUAAUGAAGCGCUUUAUGAUAUUUGCUUCAAGACACUGAAACUUCAAAACCCAAGUUACGGUGACCUUAACCACUUGGUUUCCCUUGCCAUGUCUGGGUUUACUACUUGUCUUCGCUUCCCUGGCCAGCUCAAUGCUGACCUUAGAAAGCUUGCAGUAAACAUGGUGCCCUUCCCCCGGCUUCAUUUUUUCAUGCCGGGAUUUGUUCCUCUCACUCCACGGGGUUCACAAAGUUAUAGAGCCCUUUCAGUGCCUGAGCUGACCAUGCAAAUGUUUGAUGCCAAGAAUAUGAUGGCAGCUUGUGAUCCCAGACAUGGACGGUAUCUUACUGUUGCCUCCAUCUUCAGAGGCAGAGUGUCCAUGAAAGAAGUAGAUGAACAGAUGUACAAUAUUCAAAGCAAGAACUCCUCAUUCUUCAUCGAGUGGAUUCCCCACAAUGUAAAGACAGCAGUUUGCGAUAUAGCCCCUCGUGGCCUCAAGAUGUCGGCUACCUUCGUUGGAAACACAACUGCCAUUCAGGACCUGUUCAAGAGGUUAUGUGAACAGUUUACAGCCAUGUUUAAGAGAAAAGCUUUCCUCCACUGGUAUACUGCAGAGGGGAUGGAUGAAAUGGAGUUCACUGAGGCGGAAUCCAACUUAACAGAUUUAAUUGCCGAGUACCAGCAGUACCAAGAAGCAACUGCAGAUGAUGAGUCUUUAGGUGAAGAACAAUAUGAAGAAUAUGCAUAAUAUGUUGAUUUGGCUGCCUUAAGGAGUUCUAUAUUUAAUCUUAUUCAUAUAUGAAUGGCUAUAACUACCCUUUAUGUAUGUUUAUAUUCACAAUAAAGUAAUUACUUAAUCCAUCUUUUAGAUUAUCCAGCCUGCAUGUUACAAAAUCAGUUCCUAUUGUUUCCAGUUGAAAACAUGUAAAGCAUUUGUUCAAGACAACUGUGUGUUUUGGGUGUAAAGGAAAUCUGUAAGAGGCAUAAUAUAAGAUUUUUAUUUGCAUGCUUAUAAGAUAACAACUUACAUGUAUCAACAAUAACAAUGAGUGUGAUGACUGCAUCAGCAUGAACCACUUUUGCAUGAUAUGAAUCAAGAAAAAUAUGAGAUUCAAAAAAAAAUCUUUUUGAGUAGAUAGGCAUAAUUAUUCUUGGUGUCUUGAAGAGACUGAUAUCGUUUCAUGCAUCUGCAAAAUUCUCUGUCCAUAAGAGGAUGCAGACAUCAUAUUAACAAACCAUAACCUGCUAUCAAUAGAAUAUCAUUUGAAUCUCUUAUAAAUCAAAGUGGAUUAUUAUAAUUUUUUCUUUCUUAUUCAUCAAGCUGUAUGAUGUUUCUGGAACAGUUCCUCACAUCCUUUGAUUAUGCAGAGAAAAAUUCCUCAACAACUGGCAAAUAAAAAUUUAGAAAAAUAUCCCGUUUCUCAUUAAUAUAUAAUUGCAUCUUACAAAACACAGUCAUAUGUUUACAAAGGUAUUUCUUAACAGUAUCAUAAAAUGAUUCUGAAAGAACUGUGCAUAGUUGAACAGGCAUCAUAUCACUAAUCCAACAUCAACAGAUGAUGGCUUACAGCCAGACUUGUUUUCAGAUUUCAUGAUAUACAGCGACUGAAUUUCAUAGUUGAAAUUGCACAUUAGUUUCUACAUAUACAAUACCAAAGCCUAUGGUUUAAUUGUAUCACUUCAAAUACUUGAUAAAAAAAAAAAAA